GCGCAGAGCGAGCCCGAGAGUCUGGAGCCGGCGGCGGCGCUGCGGCUGGGAGGGAGCUUGGCGAGAGCAGGGCGGCCGUGUGGGUAUCCUGCGGCCAGAGGAGACGGCUUUGCCGCGGCGACCUUCCGGCGGACGCCGGGGACCCUGCGGACCGCGGCGCAGGAAAACAACUCACGAGGCAAAAAAAUACAUCUCAUGGAUGGAGCAGGGUGAAGUGGUUACAAGUACAGACUCUGGAGCCAGACUGCCUGGGUUUGAAUUGUGCAGUUUCAGCCAUUACCACAUUGAGUGACACACAUUUGACAGGGCUUGAGAAAGGCAUCAUAGGCAGAAGCCAGUGGGAAUCAGCUCUUUGUGCUUGUGGACCCUGCGCUGCUGUCUGGGUUAGAGUGUUUUGGCUGCAGAAGACCUGGACUCAAGGGUUGGUCUAUCACUUCUUGGAGUGAUAGGAGUGACCUUACACAUGGAACAUCGAACACACCUGCUUGUUAUGGCUUCGACUUGAUUAUUCUUUGGAUUUCUGCCUGGCAGAUUGACCAACAGCAAGAGGGGCUGAUCUGUCUACAUUCUGAGUACUGCCCUUGGCAAGACACCUAGGACAGACCCCGGACCCAAGUCCACCGUACUACCAUACCCCUACCCCAGCCCACCCCAGACAGUAUUCUGGGGUUCACCCAAGGUCAGCAGUGUGAAGAUGACCAGUGCCUUUUUAGCAUGACGACUUUGGACCAUGUGAUUGCCACCCACCAGUCAGAAUGGGUCUCCUUCAAUGAAGAGCCACGCUUUCCUGCCCACUCGCAGGGGGGCACGGAAGAGCACCUCCCAGGACUGUCAUCUUCCCCAGACCAGUCCGAGAGCUCCUCUGGGGAGAACCAUGUGGUGGACGGAGGCUCUCAAGACCAUUCCCACUCGGAGCAGGAUGACUCCUCUGAAAAGAUGGGCCUCAUCUCUGAAGCAGCUUCCCCACCUGGAAGCCCUGAGCAGCCCCCACCUGACCUGGCCUCAGCCAUCAGCAGCUGGGUUCAGUUUGAAGACGACACGCCCUGGGCCAGCACAUCUCCACCUCAUCAUGAAACAGCUGAGACAGCCCUACCAUUGACCAUACCCUGCUGGACAUGCCCUUCCUUUGACUCCCUGGGGAGAUGCCCUCUGACUUCUGAGAGCAGCUGGACCACCCAUUCUGAAGACACCAGCAGUCCUAGCUUUGGAUGUUCGUAUACAGACCUGCAGCUCAUCAAUGCUGAGGAGCAGACGAGUGGUCAGGCUUCUGGGGCUGACUCGACUGACAAGAGGACCGAGUGGCAGACAGGCAGGCAGACGGCAGUGAGUCCUGUUCAAGCAUGCUCGGAGCAUACCUCCACCCACACCCACCGCCUGGACCCCUCACCACCCUCACCCCAGCCCAGGAGGAGCCAGAACCCCGACGAGGGUCCGGAGGGGGCCUCCGCUCCCAGUGACAAUUCCUCCUCGCUUCAGGAAGAUGAAGAAGUAGAAAUGGAGGCCAUCAGCUGGCAGGCCGGCAGUCCAGCCAUGAAUGGGCACCCUGCCCCUCCAGUGACCUCUGCUCGUUUUCCCAGCUGGGUCACCUUUGAUGACAAUGAAAUCAGCUGCCCUUUAGCACCAAUCACCUCUCCUCUGAAGCCAAAUACUCCACCAAGUGCAUCUGUGAUCCCAGAUGUACCUUAUAAUUCAAUGGGAUCAUUUAAGAAGAGGGACCGUCCCAAGAGCACUUUGAUGAACGUCUCCAAAGUUCAGAAGCUGGACAUUUCCUCUUUAAACCGCACGCCUUCUGUAGCUGAGGCUCCACCUUGGAGGGCAACCAACCCUUUCCUGAAUGAGACUCUGCAGGAUGUACAGCCUUCCCCUAUCAACCCUUUCAGUGCUUUCUUUGAGGAACAGGAGAGGCGCUCCCAAAACAGUUCCAUUUCCAGUACCACGGGCAAAAGCCAAAGAGAUUCCCUCAUUGUCAUCUACCAGGAUGCCAUCAGUUUUGAUGAUUCAAGCAAAACCCAGUCACACUCUGAUGCUGUUGAAAAACUCAAACAACUCCAAAUUGAUGACCCUGAUCACUUUGGCAGUGCAGCUCUACCUGAUGAUGACCCGAUAGCCUGGAUUGAACUAGAUGCUCACCCGCCUGGAUCAGCAUGGUCCCAGCCCCGUGACGGGUGGCCAAUGAUGUUGAGGAUCCCUGAGAAGAAAAACAUCAUGUCCUCCAGGCACUGGGGACCGAUCUACGUCAAACUGACGGAUGCUGGUUACCUGCAGCUGUACUAUGAGCAGGGCCUAGAAAAACCAUUCCGUGAGUUCAAGCUGGAGAUCUGUCACGAGAUUUCAGAACCCCGGCUUCAAAACUAUGAUGAGAAUGGCAGAAUCCACAGCUUGCGGAUAGACCGUGUCACCUAUAAGGAGAAGAAGAAAUACCAGCCCAAACCUGCUGUGGCUCACACAGCAGAGAGGGAACAGGUGAUUAAGCUGGGCACCACCAAUUACGAUGACUUCCUGAGUUUCAUCCAUGCAGUUCAGGACCGUCUCAUGGAUCUGCCAGUGUUGUCAAUGGAUUUGAGCACAGUUGGCCUGAACUACCUUGAAGAGGAGAUUACAGUGGAUGUCAGAGAUGAAUUCUCUGGCACCGUGAGCAAAGGAGACAACCAGAUUCUCCAGCACCAUGUCUUGACGCGGAUCCACAUCCUGAGUUUCCUGUCUGGGCUCGCAGAGUGCCGCCUGGGCCUCAAUGACAUCCUCAUCAAAGGGAAUGAAAUAGUUUUGAGGCAGGACAUCAUGCCCACCACCACCACAAAGUGGAUCAAGCUCCAUGAGUGCCGUUUCCACGGGUGUGUGGAUGAGGAUGUAUUCCACAACUCGCGGGUCAUUCUGUUCAACCCUUUGGAUGCAUGCCGGUUUGAGCUAAUGCGGUUCAGGACACUGUUUGCUGAGAAGACCUUGCCUUUCACACUCAGGACAGCCGCAAGCGUCAAUGGGGCAGAGGUGGAGGUGCAGAGCUGGCUGAGGAUGUCAACUGGCUUCUCCUCCAAUCGUGACCCCCUCACUCAGGUUCCCUGUGAGAAUGUGAUGAUCCGUUACCCUGUGCCCAGUGAGUGGGUGAAAAACUUCCGCAGGGAAAGUGUCCUGGGGGAAAAGUCUUUGAAAGCCAAAGUGAACCGGGGGGCAAGUUUUGGCUCCACUAGUGUUUCUGGCUCUGAGCCUGUCAUGAGAGUAACUCUGGGAACUGCCAAGUAUGAGCAUGCCUUCAACUCCAUUGUGUGGAGGAUAAACCGACUGCCCGACAAAAACUCAGCUUCCGGUCACCCACACUGUUUCUUUUGCCACCUUGAACUCGGCUCUGACCGGGAAGUGCCUUCCAGAUUUGCCAAUCACGUGAAUGUCGAGUUCAGCAUGCCCACAACUUCUGCCUCCAAAGCCAGCGUGAGAUCUAUCUCUGUGGAAGAUAAGACUGAUGUCAGGAAGUGGGUCAAUUAUUCUGCACACUACAGCUACCAGGUGGAAAUUGAGCAAAAAAAGAGUUUGAAGCCGGACUUUGAAGGAGAUGAAAUGGAAAAUCCCAAGGAGUGUGGAGUGCAGUGACAAAGCCUUGCGGGAAGGAAUCCUAAUCCCAGGGUCAUGAUAGGGUGUCUUCCUGAGUAGCUGAAGUUUCAGUCAAUACCUGCUGUGGCCACUCCAUGUUGGGAACAGUGUACCAGAUCUUCCUGUUUGUAGUUACUUGUAUUUUACCAGGAAACCAUGAGAAUGGUGGCUUUUAGAGAGGCUCUUUGAUUCUGGUUAUGCCUAAAGCACGUGGUUCACCUGACUGUUGGAGCUUACUGUAUAAUUAAGCCUCCUUGUCUUGUCUCUGCUUAUCUCACAGCACUGGUAUGUGGUUUGUUGUGACUGUUACAGUCAGGAAAAGAACCUCCCACAUCAGUGUUAGCACGAUUACCUUCUGAUGUUCAUCUGUCACUCGUAUAAGUUUCUGGAAAAGGCAGUCUUGAGAAGUUAAUUAAGAAUCCAUCUCUUUCACUCCGUCUAGAAAAGACUCAGAAAAGGUGCAAAACAAAUUUCCUGUUUGGGUCUUACUAGACCUUUUUGAGGUGUUUCCAUUCUUAAAUGUUAAGUUUCCAAGACAUUUCCCUUCUGGCUCUAGAUUGUUUAGAUUGGAACACUUUUUCCAUCUCUCUAAGGUUUCAGUCACAGGAUUUGCUAUCCUGAGUCACAAUAGGCAAUGGAAAAAGGCACAAUAGGAGACUCUUUAAUUCUGAAUGGACCCACAUUCUGCAAAAUGGCUGUUGAGGGGAAGGCAAAAAUUAAGCUUAGUUUUCUUCAUUCUGGAGAAAAGAGACAUUAAAUGUAAGAUGAUGUUCAGUUCAAGAGGUAGAUUUAAUCUCAGUGAAUUCCCAAAUUCACACUGAAAAAUACAGUCCACUUCUGAUUCCUGAAACAAAUAUCUAUAAUACCUCAGGCAUUUGUAAGGGGCAUUUGGGAGUGCUUUUUAUACCUCAUGACCAAUAAACAGUUGCAUGUCCCUUUAACCCAAACUUUAUAGGAAAUUUAAGCUGCAAAGAUAAUUUUUAAAGCUGUUUUAAAAUUAAGCUUGAGUGAGCUUUCCCCCAAAAUUCAGAGUUUGAUGAUCACGGUAUUGUAAUGGAUUGAAAAGGCAUCUCUAGGAUAGAGACAGGGAAAAGUCAUAUUUUUCUAAUGUUGGGAACAUUAUAUCCUGAUUCCAAGAGUCAGAACACUCACUCCAUCUUCCUUUUCUUCAUCUGUUUCUGGGACACUUAAUCUUUUCCUUCAUCCAUUCCUACUCACCUCUUCUUAUUUGUAUCUUGGUGUUUUCUCCCAUGAAGAAUAGAGUGGGGGGACAGAAAGCACACUUUGUUGGAUUUGUAGAUGAUGCAGAAAUGAACAAUAUCUCCCGUUUUUGGCUGAUGGAUUCAAGAUUAAUGUAUUCAAUGAACAAUCAUUGGAUUCUAAAUAUGUAUUGACACUGGGAUAUAGAAAUAGUUACAGUAUUUUGAAAUAUCUGAACUAAGACUGAAAGUAAAAGAAUGAUUGAAUAGGCAUUAAUGAGAAACCCUAUAUUCUGGGUUUUUAAAAUGCAACCCUCUAAGUACAGAGUGAGUGUGUGUUUAUGGAUGUGUGUGGUGUUGAUGGGAAUAGUGUUAGGAAGACCUGGUUUCACAGUACUUCAUAGAGAAAUAUUUCCUUACAGAAAUGGAGGUUCAAUGUUGACUCAGAAAUAUAUCAUGGCUAUUCACAAAGCUAAUGUGUUCAGCUGGUGUUAAUAAAAGCCUUGCAUGCUUUCAUUAACCCUCCAUCUAGUCCAUAUCUAAAUUGACUUCAAUUAUGGGUAUCAUAUUUUAAGAGAGACAUUAAUAAGUUGAUUGUGUCCACAGGCAGGUGACCAGGGUUGUAAAGGGUCUGAUGAUACAAGAACAAAGGAAUAGCUUCCCUGAAGGAACAGAAGGUAUAGCUGGAAAGGGAGUGCAGACAAGGAGGGAAUGAUAUAAUAGCUGCCUCGAAAUUUCUGUUGCGCUAUAAAAAGGAAGAGGAAUUAGACUUAUUCUGUGUAGCUUCAAAGGGCAAAAAUAAGAACAAAGAGGAACUUCACAGAUGACAAAUGUUUGCUUCAAUAUAAGGAAGAAUUUUCUAAUAAGAGUUGUUCUAAAGAGGAAUAGACUCAAGUUAGCAAAAUUUCCUGUUCCUGUGAAUGCCCAAUGGUUAAAAUAACCACCUAUCCCACGUGCUGUGAAAGGGAAUCUUACGUUGGAUUUGCUCUAUAUGUCUACCAAGAUUCCUUCUAAAUAUAGAUUUAGUCUCAAUAGUAAUAAGACUCUCUAACUUCAUUUGUCUUUUUCUUCAUAAGUCGUUUUUCAUGCUCUUUGAAAUACAGUGGAGUUCCUUUGAGGUUUUUAUCAAGGGAUUUCAGAGCAUAUCUCUUCCCCUGUUGUACUAAAGGCUUUUGAGAUUGACUCCUCAUAGAACAUCUAAAUGGACUGGAGAGUUGGCAAGGGAAAUGAAGCUCAUCCCAGCACCUUCCUUAGUCACUAAGGCUUAGCACUCCGUCAAGAUCUCUGCCUCAUCUGCUAGCAUCACAUGUGGAUUGCUUGUUGGAGCUUAUCUUCCCCCACCAUGGUAAAUUCUCAUUUCCAGUGUACAUGCACCUGGACUUUUUUUUUUUUUUUUAAACCAAGAGUUGGGAAAAAUCCCUUCUAUGCUAUCUAUAUUCUGCAAGCAAAUUAUUAUUAUUAUUAUUAUUGAGACAGAGUUUUGCUCUUGUUGCCCAGGCUGGAGUGCAAUGGUGCAAUCUUGGCUCAUUGCAAC